AUGGAAAGCGCUACAGACUACGAGUCGUUGAACAUGCAUUUCCGCCAUCCGAGCGCUGGUAUUGUCCGCACAUAUAUUGCAGUCGAUGGAUUCACCCUCGCAGUUUUGAACCGUCUAAGCCACCGGAAUGCCCCCAUUGCCAUGUCCAGAUUUGCCCCAAAUGUCGCGACCUGGCGCACGGUUCCCGCGAAUGUAGUGUUGAUACUUCAUUGCAUGAUUUGCUUAAGCUGGCACGAAAGAAGCACUGGCAACGAUGCUAUCAUUGUCAUGCAAUGA